UCUUGUGGCAUUUUAGUGGAAACCAAAGUGAAAAGUCAGAAAGUUUGACUUAUGGGAGGCAGGGCAUGGGUAUGGGAGGUGGCAGGGAGUAGAGAGAGAAAGAGGAGUGUGUGUGGAUGUAUUUAAAGAGGAGAGUCCAGAGGUACACAGUAAAGAAGAAUUGUGAAUUCAGGAAAUCUUCAGAGUUGAAUUACAGAAUCUUUGUUCCGAGAGGGUGGUUACUGGGGAAUGGGACGUGAGCCUACUAGUCACUUCAUUAUGAAGCUAUGGGAGUUGUUUACGUGAUGGAGCUGGAGGACAAGGGCCUGUCCCUGCCCUUCUUCUGUAUUAACAACUCAGGAGAGAAAAUGAAGAAAUAGCUUUGUAAAGGAAAUUACACUAUCAGACGGUUCCCACAUUUCCAUCGCCAGGUUUCUAAAUUGAGCUGCCCAGGAUAGCAGAUUGGUCACGUUGCUGACUUCCUUUCCCUCCAUCUUGUUAUUAGGGCCUCCGACUGUGUCCUGUCAGCUUAGGAUUCUUCCUUUUCCCGCAGGCUUGCUACUUUUUCAAUUCCCUGACAUUUAGGGAUCUAGUAUUUCACUGUGACUGAGGUAGGCAGUUGCUGUACCCUCGAUAUUGGAUACCCUUCUGAACUAUUACACCGCAGUGGAUAAUCAAAUGCCCACAAUUACAUUAUAGACCAGAUUCUGGUCACUGUACCAUCAGAGACAGACUCACAUCACGUGCCCUCACACAGCUGGUUGUGGGGGGGGGGGGCGGGUGUUGUUUUGCAGCAAAGUGCUGUGAAGCAGGUUCCCACACCUGAACGUGAAAGUGGCUCGUUAAAGAUUAAAAGGACUGCCUGGUCCUUCUGGCCCCAAGAUGGAAUGAUCCCCGGCAUGGCGACAGCCUCUGUCUCCCAGGAGAGGCCAUUUUAUACAGGAGGUUUGUGCUUCCAAAUGUUACAGUAAGCCUGCAUUGGCUGAUGCUAUGGUGAUAAGUUGGCAUUUGGGUACUCUCAAGACAUAUGAGCUAUAUAGCAUCCCAUGGUUUGAAUUUCCGGGCAAAACUGCCUCAUCAGGAAGUCAAAAGCCUCUACUUUCAACCUGUGCCUUUUGGGAGGUUUUAUCCUUUGUUUUAUUUGACUAUUCUGUUGAGUCAAGUGAACUUUAAUCUUUACAGCCAUAAAAAUUCCAUUAAGCCCCUUGUACUGCAUCCCAGGUGUGAAAGUGUCUCAGUAUAACGACUGUGGGUGACAGCUAAAAUCCUUAAGAGUAGUUAGGGUAAUAAUUGUCUCUGGAGGCUUGAAGAAAAUAAUGGUCCAGUUGACAAAAUAAAUACAGUUCAGUUGUUGUAUACUUGGUGAUUCUUGUGGGUAAGAGGACUAAUGUCUGUGGCAUACUCAGGGAGACUGUGGCUCAUUUUGGUGGUCUUUGAAACACAACUUUUCAUUUUAUUGUAAACAGUGCUCGGGGAACAUAGCUAUAUGACUGGUAUCUCAAAAUAUUUGAGUCCCACCUGCAUCAGAAUCACGUGGGAGCAGGAGAUGAUUGAAAAUUCUGAUUCUUGGGCCUCUCCACUUGGGCUAAUCCAGAAUGUCUGAGGGACUCGGAUGAGAAAGAAUUAUUUUCAGUAAGCACCCCUGUGGAUUCUUAAGUACCCCUAGAGUGGAUUCUUGAGUAUCCUAAAAUCUACUGAUUUUUCACAUUUAAUUUCUGUGAUUUAUUAGAUGAUAGAUGUUUGGUUGAUGCUCAUCUGUCUUUUUUGAAGGGGAGGUACUCUAGUUUUUUAAAAAAGGUUAGAAGAUCCUAGAACUCCAAAGAUGAGAAUUUGGCAAUGUCCCUAAUACUCAACAAGCUGAGGCAGCCACUGGUUUCUGGAGACUUGGAUUUAUCAAUUCAACCUCUUCUCCAUAAGAGAAAGGAUAUGGACAUUAAUAAGAUUAAUUUUGUUGAAAAGAAUAAAUGUGCAGUAUCCUUUAGGAUGUUGGGGAGGGGAAAGUAGGUAAAAGGGAGAUGAUAAGAGGAAAAAGUGAGAAAGGGAAAAGAUUAGUUAAUAAAUGGUAAAACGUUUAACCCAGUUUUAAAUUACCAAUACUUGGGGUGCCUGGGUGGCUCAGUCGGUUAAGCAUCCGACUUCAGCUCAGGUCAUGAUCUCAGUCUGUGAGUUCGAGCCCCGCGUCAGGCUCUGUACUGACAGCACAGAGCCUGGAGCCUGCUUCUGAUUCUGUGUCUCCUUCUCUCUCUCUACCCCUCCCCCGCUCAUGCUCUGUCUCCCUCUCUCUGUCAAAAAUAAACAUUAAAAAAAUUUUUUUUAAAAAAUAAAUUACCAAUACUUGAAUAUGUGUUCCUUGUUAAAACAAAAAAAUUAAAAUUCUCGCGAAACUAAAAAUACCUCCUGGAUCUCCCAUUGCAGCUCCCUCCCUGAUGUGUGUAUCCUCCCAUAUCUUUUUGUAUGUAUUUGGUAAUUCUCUAUGGAUUUGGAAGAUGACAGAAUCCAGAGAUGUGAAUUUCUUUUCUCUUUUGACACCUGGCUUACUUAACAUUUGUAACGUUAAGAUCUCUUGCAGAAAAAAAAGGGGGGGGGGCCUAUAAAUAGCAUUACAUAUUCCUGUUCAAGAAAAGCAGUGUGAGUGUGUGCAGAUAUCACACACACACACACACACACAAUCUCUCCUGUGACCACCCAUAAAAUGUACCUUUAGGUGAGGAAUAACUUGUCUGAGUUUUCAUAAUGCAUUGAGAGAACUUAAUAAGCACAAAGCCACAAUUAUUUUUUUUAUUUCUCGUUUUCAUAUAACCUACUAGUUUUCAUAUAACCUCAUAAAACUUCAAGUGCCUGAAGCCAUUUGUUCAGAUUUAGCAUCUUUUGAAAGCCCUAAAUCAGUGUAAUCCUCAGCCUUUCCAGUCUAAAAGAAGGAACUGGGAUGGGUAUGUAUGGUUAUAUUUUGGGGAAACUGAUUGGAACUGUACAGAAUCCCAAACCGGGAAAUGAUAAUCUGCCAUAUUUCUCUUCACCUGCUAAUGGUGUUUAUUUUAGCAGAAUUAGGAGAUUCUCAUGCUUCUGGCCCCCGUGUUGCUGUUUAUAUAAUUUACAUUUACUUCCUGGGUAUAGUACCAUCUGAAUUUUCUCUUCCUUUUUUACAGUUACUAAUAUAGAAUGAGCCAGAAGCCUCUAACAAUGUUUUUUCCAAAAGAGGUUUCAUAUUUGUCCAUUACUGUACGAACCUUGAAAGUUGCUCCAUACCAGAAUGUUGUUUAUCAUCAACUACAGAAAUAUUUCUUAAAAUGUGGUCCAUGAGAUAAUGGUUGUCAGCUGCUGUAAAAUGCUUUUAUCAUUUGAAAAGAACUAAUUAACACAUACUGUAGGAAAACUUCUUUUAAACAGCCAUUUUCUGAAAAAGAAAAUGCUGAAAGGGAGGAAAUAAAAGAGAGAACAUUUUAUAAAACCUUAUAAAGCCCAGUGUGGCUAGCCUACUGGAAUAAUGUAAUUAAGGGGAACUAAGCAAGUUGGAUAAAUAACUUUUUUUUUUCUUUAACUAGACCCUUGAAAAGGAAUAGAAUUAAGUAGCAUAGUUAUUAAACCCAAAAUCUGACGGUCUGCACAUACAUUUUAAUUAACCUAAUAACAUUUACUGAAUGACAGGCUGGGCUGGUAGUUAUAUCCAGAGUUCAUAGCAUGUGGGAUCUGCCUUGAAGGAUGGACAAGGCUUGCAAUGGGAGCCUUGAAUGCCCAUGCUAAGGAAGAGCUGGUAGCCGUGGGAAAUUUUGAGCAGGCAACAGAAGGAUCUGAUACGAAAUCUCGUUUCUUUCUUAUCAAAUGAGAAAACACAGAAAGCAAGGGCUUAAUCUUUUGUUUUCUUGGUAUAGCACCAAAGCCCGUUCUAGCUGGGCAGGGCAAAUUCAAUAAUAAUUAAUAGCUUUGAUGAACCAGUCAUUCUAGAAUUGAUUAUUUAAUAAGCUGGCCAAUAAAUGAGAAUCGACCUAGAUUUAGGGAUUUUUAAAUGUAAGUGGUAAUACAGUUUUCACACACUCCUGUAUUCCUUAAGCAUCUGGUAGGUGUGAUGGUGGAUAAUGUAGCUUAAGCUGUGUGUGGCAGCUGAUUAAACAAAAAAGCCUUCAGUUAUUUCUGUCUUAAUUUGAGAUUUUGAAUUGCCUAAGGAAAUAGAAAGGUCAGAGAAGGCCUAGUAGGGAAAAAGAAGAGUGAGCCUGGUCCUGGCUGACAGAAAUUCACUCUGAUGAUUUGACCAGCUAAGGAUGACUGGGCAAGUUCCGGAGUCCUCUGACCCAGAUGUUCUAAUUUGUAAAUGCAAAGUGACUUCUUUAUCAGCCACUCUGGAGAAAUCUUCAGGGCUGUGAACCUGCUACCUUCUGUAAUCUUGCUGCCCUGAGCCCCGGGCAGUUCUCAAAUGAAACUUUGGAAAGUGACCACUGGAGCCUCCCAGGUAAGGGCUCCAGAGGCAGCCGAUCGACCAGCAGGAGGGCCAUGAGGAAGCUGCCCCUGGUAAUCAGCACUGGAUUAAAAAAAAAAAAUCAGUGGGGCGCCUCUUCUUUUUCGAGGUUGCACUUGAUUGUGGUUGGCUCAGGCUGGGUUGUUUGGGAAAGAGGAGUUUUGCCUAGCAUGAGUCAGCACUGCCCUGGGUAAACCGCCUGCUCUGUUGCAAUCUCGCUUACCAAAGAUACGUCCCCAGGCGGCACCAUUCACUCUGCCUGAAAGCUGCUGCUGUUGGCUCCUGAGAUGAGCUCAUCUGAAAUGGCUCCAAGGACCUCAGCGGCAGGAACUGGAGGCAGCCUGCUCUCUGCUGUGGUAAUGUUUUGAAACAGGCAAAACCAGAUUUUAUCAUGUGGGCAACCUGCUGCAACUGGUUCUGCCUGGAUGGACAGCCUGAGGAGGUCCCCCCGCCCCAGGGAGCCAGGACGCAGGCCUAUUCCAACCCUGGGUACAGCUCCUUCCCCUCCCCUACAGGCUCGGAACCAAGCUGCAAGGCUUGCGGGGCCCACUUCGCGAACAUGGCCAGGAAGCAGCAGACCUGCCUGGACUGCAAGAAGAAUUUCUGCCUGAGCUGUUCGAGCCAGGUGGGAAAUGGGCCCCGCCUCUGCCUUCUGUGCCAGCGGUUCCGAGCCACGGCCUUUCGGCGGGAGGAGCUCAUGAAGAUGAAGGUGAAGGACCUCAGGGACUAUCUCAGCCUCCAUGACACCUCCACCGAAAUGUGCCGGGAGAAAGAGGAGCUGGUGUUCUUGGUGCUUGGCCAGCAGCCCGUAAUCUCCCAGGAGGGCAGGACUCGCGCGCCCACCUUGUCCGCGGAUGUCCCCGAGCAGCAGGCCUUCCUGACCCAGCCUCGCGCCAGCACGGUACCUCCUACCUCGCCUCACCUCGCCUCUUCGUCCGCACAGGCCACCUCUGUUCCCCCAGCCCAGGCUCAGGAAACCCAGCAGGCCAAUGGCCAUGUGUCUCAGGACCAAGAGGAACCCGUCUACCCGGAGAGCACAGCCAGAGCACCUGCUGAGGAUGAGACCCAGUCUGUCGACUCAGAGGAUGGCUUCGUCCCAGGCCGGAGGGCCUCUCUGUCUGACCUGACCGACCUGGAGGACAUUGAAGGUCUGACCGUGCGGCAGCUGAAGGAGAUCCUGGCGCGCAACUUCGUCAACUACAAGGGCUGCUGUGAGAAGUGGGAGCUGAUGGAGAGGGUGACGCGGCUGUACAAGGACCAGAAGGGCCUCCAGCACCUGGUGUGUGGUGCUGAAGACCAGAACGGGGGAGCGGCGCCGUCCAGCGUGGAGGAGAACCUGUGUAGGAUCUGCAUGGACUCGCCCAUCGACUGUGUCCUGCUGGAGUGCGGCCACAUGGUGACCUGCACCAAGUGCGGCAAGCGCAUGAACGAGUGUCCCAUCUGCCGGCAGUACGUGAUCCGAGCCGUGCACGUCUUCCGAUCGUGAGGGCUUGCACCGGCUUCUUCAGUGCCUUAUGGGGACGUAGCUUGAGGUGUCUGGGUUCCAGACUGGGCAGCUCGCGGAGGGGCAGGCUAACAAGAAAAUCUGCAGUGCUCGUAAGACCGGGGCAAGCAAGGAUGCUGUCACCUCUGGGCAUGCCUGUCCUGCCGCGGAGGCGCACCUCUUGGCUGGCAGCGCCGGAGGCCGGUGGAAACCGGAACAGACUGCACGGGCAAGUCUCUGUCUCAGUGAUCUUGGGGUAAUGAUGGCACCUGAUGAAGAGAGGACUUGCCAGAACUUGGACCGCAUCUUCCUCCUUUCCUCCGAAAGUCUAACAGUUUCAUCCUUGUGUACCCCACCCGUCCUUCUGAGCUGCCUGCCUCUGGCCUUCACCGGUCAGAAGUCCUGGUAGAAAUGGUUCUCUUCCUCCCCAGCACAUUUGGAUUUAUUUCUGCUCUGGCUUUCUGUGCUUUAACCUACCUUUGCUAACGUCUCUGGCUACAUUGCCUAAAAUCCAUUUGUUUCUUCAGACCAAAAAGAUGUUAGCUUACCAGACCGAGAGUGAUCCUCCUUGGGACUGAAUUUGGACCAGUAAACUUAGCUCUGGUGAGAAACAAAACUCAACUGCUACUGAAAAAUUUCAAAGUCAUGAAGAGUUGCUUCCUUAAGUGCUGGGACUGGAAGCGAUGAGUCUCCUGACCCCAAUCCCGGCUCCCAAACUGCUGGGAAGUUUGAGUCCGUUUGUGUGAGACGGCUCACACAGCCUCUCUGCUUCUCUAGGGCCCACACACCAUCCCUGUUAGUUUGAGAGAAGGGAAAGUGUUGGGUGGAAGCAGGGGCUUUCUGCUUAACUUUGACUUCUCCAGCAGACAGGAAUAGCAAACCACUUUCCUCUGAGAAUGAAGUCCCACUCUUUUCCAUGGUCUCACUGAAGGCAGACAGCCUUGCUCUCCUCUAGCCAGACUUCUCCUGAAGCUCCUGGAGACCAAACCUCAACACCCGAGGGGUAUCUGAAGGUACCGAAUGAGACUGGAGUCAGCUGUUGAGCAGACAGCUGCAAGUCUUAAUUCCCCAGGUUGGUGGGGACUCUCUACUCCCAUUUCCUUUCUCAGAACACUGACUUGAGGGCAGGUCAGGAAGAAGCACUCUCAAGGUCCUUUAGAAAGACCAUACAUUGAGCUAGAGGAUUCUUGAGCCCUUUUAGGGUUGUUCUACCACUGGAAGAGCCAAAGGGCUUAGGUUUGCUGGAGAAGCUUAGUCAAGAACCCACACACAUGCUAUCGAAGAGCCGUGUGUGCGGCCAUCACCAAUGGAUAAACUACACAAACCCUAGACACCGAGGGCCUUGGCAGACCACCGCCCCCACCCUACUCCCCUGCCGAACAGUCAAGUUCUCUCAGACUGGAACCUAGCAUGACUUUGGAAGACAGUGGGAAACUCCAAGGGGACCUGUUUAUCGGUACAGACGUGCUUAGGCUUUCCCCCAUCAUCAACCACUAUUCCCCUUCAGAGGAGUGAAAUGAUUGCAUAAGGUGGUUGCCAGUUGAACCACUGGGCCACUUACCUUGACGUUACACCAAGCCCUGGAUGACUGGAUUCUGGGACUCAGCCUUUGUAGGAAUUGGGGGAAUCAAGAGGUCAGUGAGAGGACCUUUGACCUUUCUGCUGGACAGUAAAUAUUAUGGUUUACAAUGCGUACCAGUUUGGCAGAGAAUUCCACCACUUCUCGAUUCCACUGUGAAACAGGUCUGUAUUUAUGCAACUCAGUUAAGAUCUAGCAAUAACUUCAGGGCAGAUGCUGGCUCUCUCCCUAAAACUUGCUUUCACUGCUGAGGCCUUCCCUCUCCCCACCUCCCACAGUCCCUCUCCUAGACAGAAGUUAUGAAUAAUAUCCUGAAGGUUAGUAACCUCAGUAAGAAUUAUAACUGGUAUCGUUUCAUUCUGGAGAAAGAACUUGCCUUGGAGUCUUUUGAUCUAUUUUGACAAAGGUUUUCAUUCAGGAAAAAUGGUGUCAAACCACCCCGAUUUGUUGUCAUCCAUCAUUAUCAUACCAAAUAAAGGCUGGGAAUUCAAGAUCCCAUUUCAGUCACUAAUCUAGGUAGAAAACCUGAUUUUUAUCUUUGAGUAACCCCCACCCCCACCCCUCAUGGAUCCUUGGGUCUUAAUUUUAUCAUGAAAACCUCUAAUUCUUCCAGUUAUUCCAUGGCUUUUGCUGUGAUUGUUCUGAGAUUUCAUUUGAGACUUGUUUCAAGACUUAGGAGAGCUGACUGGUUCAUAAUAUAUUGGAAUAGUUGGAUCCAAGCUAGUAAGAAUAAGCUGUACAGGAAUUCAUGCACAAUAUAUAUUGUAUAAAUUGGUUGAAAUCUUGGGGACGUGAAUGUGUUACUUCAAGUGGCUUAUAUUAAGAGUCUUCAGAAUUACUUGGGUUUUAAAGCAAACCCAAAUGUGUAUUUUUUGUUACAGAGCUCUGCUUUAUAAUUUUGUAAUAAAAUUUCACUAUAGAAGCCUGUCUCAUCUGGUGGGAGAACACCAGAGGUCUGAGAGUUAAGACUGACAAGAGAGUUGAUACACCACAGGCUAAUCCCAGGCUGUGUGCACACAGGCAUGCUCUUGAGAGACUGCAUUAUUUGUGGAGAUGCUUGGGCCACUGUGGCCUUAUUGAUAUUCCUGUUCAACAGAUGGGGAAACUGAAGUUUGGUGCUGUUUUGACUUGUUCGAGGUCUUACAGCGAGAGUAUGGGAGAAGUAUGGGAGUAGAGUAUGGGAGUAUGGGAGUAUGGGAGAGUAUGGGAGAAGCCACGGAACAGCCUACGAGAGGACGGGAGCUGCGUAGCAAAAGAACCAGCCUUAAGACUAAAUAGCAAGAAACACCAACUGAGUUCAGACACUUGACGCUGAUCUCAUAGAGAUGGGCCUCGAAGAUGUGGGCAGAAAGGAAUCUGAGGACAGCCAGUGUGCCCAGUCAAGACUUCAGGUGACCCUGGGAGACAGAAGGUAGUUUUUGGAUACAGCUGUAGUAGUUAUGGCUCAGAGGUCACCGAGCCUCGUGGGCAGAUGGCUGUGUGCACACAGGCCUGUGUGGGGAGAGCUAGAUUCCAUGCACAUCUACCCUGGGACUCGAGGAAGCAAUCUUGCCUGGCGGAUGUAAAGGCCGGAGGCUGAGCUGCAGCUGUCCUCCUUAUUCUGGGGGACCAGCUUGCUGAGCACCCCACUGAGCACCCAGGACAACCUUCUGUCCACUGCCAACCAGCAGCAUGUCAACAGUCUCCAAGGAAGGCAGGCCUCCAGUACUGUGCUGGGGAGGUGUAAGAUGAUGUUGCCCAGGGUCUGGGAAAUACGAAGCUGUGUAGACAGUAUAAUCUCAGCGGCAGAAAAAAACACGCAGGAGAGAGACUAGAAGGAAACAGACAUAGUACCUUGAACAGCGAACUGAAAGAACACCCAGCAAGACCGGGAAGGACCAAAAAAGGCCAGGCUCAUUACUAAGAUGAUCCCCUGUGGCUGGCAGGGCCCCUCUGCCAUGAGGGCACACCUGGAGUCUAAGUGACUGGCAAGGGCAGGUAGGUUGGGUCUAAGUCAGCUGGGCCAAAGGGCAGUGACCGUGUCCUUUGGCAGAAUCCCAAGGGGCACACUUUGUUCUGCUGCCCUGUCUGGCUGCUUGGCCCGAGGAGGCUGGAGAAGGGGGUGGAAAUUUAUGUAGGUCAGCGCUCAAAGGAGCAGCAGCUUUUGUCUCCACAAAGGACAGAAUAAAGAGAGUCUUAUUCUCAAUACUGAUGUGAGACUGAAUGGUGCCUAUUCAGAAACACCAGUGUGCUGGACUAGAGUCAGGGUGGUACCAACCCCUCCUGUCCCUUCCUCCCAACACACUUGAACCAGCAGGUAGACACCCAGACGAGGUUAGAGCUGGCCUCCAGGCCGACUGGCAAGCAGCCUCCCAGCGGAAUAUCACCUUAGUUGAACACACUGGGGGGGGUCUGGGGGAGGCAGUGGUCCUCAAUCUUAGAGACUCAGACACUCCAGCAUGUUCCAGAGGUUGAGUCUCAUGAACUUAACUCAGAGAUGGACAAACAAGCCUGAGGACCUGUUGAUAGUAAG